GACGGAGGUGGGAACAGAAGCAUGGUUGGUGUAAACAGAUGUGAACACGAGACCCUGCCUCAAACAAGGAGUUCCCAGGUUCUGCAGAUGCGGUUGGCACCUGGGUUGUUCAGGAGAAGGCUUGAGCUCCAACUCAGGGACUGGGGCAGCUGUUCAACAGAGGGAUCCAGUCCGCGCGCGGCGAAGGUGCAUCUGCCUGCCAGGCGUGCCGAGUUUGCUCAGGUUUGGGUUUAUUUGGGCUAGCCAGGGAGAGGGCGGUCGACGGGGAGGCGGUGGGUUCUCAAGCUACCCGUAAGCCUGAGAGUUUCAGUUCGAGAAGGGCAGGUGGGUGGAGGAAGGUGUUAGUUAGGUCCUAACAGAAGUCCCUGGAGGAGGUGCAGGUGAAUUACAUGAUCACGGCCUGGCCGAGGAGCAGAAAGCAGGACCGAAUCCUGUUCCGCUGGGGAUUUCCGCGCAAUUCACUCAUUCCCAGUUUCCCAGGCUAUCUCACGUGCACGCUGUCCUGAAGUUCCUGCCUAUCAAGUUUCUCGCCCGCAAGAUCGGAGUUUAAAGGCGGCUGCGCCAUAGAGCACUCCCAUGGUGCCGCGCGCUGGGCGGGUUUGUAUUUUAAAUCCCUGCGGCCAAUCAGCAACGCGCAGGCCCUUAUAACGUUCCCAGCGCCGCGUUUGAAUUCGGGGUGGAGCGGAGCCUAGCAGGAUCGUCUGCACAGGCACGGCCAGGUCUGUAGAAUAACUUCGAGAUCAUGAAUGCAGCGGCAAAAGUUGGGAAGCUGGCUCGAGCACCACCCGACCUCGGGAAAGCCGGGGCCCCAGGAGAUGCAGCUCCCGAUGCCCCGGUGGCCGCACCGCUGGCCAAAGAGAUUCCGGAGAUCCUGGUGGACCCACGUAGCCGGCGGCAGUAUGUACGGGGCCGCUUUCUGGGUAAAGGAGGCUUUGCCAAAUGCUUCGAGAUCUCCGAUGCAGACACAAAAGAGGUGUUCGCAGGCAAGAUUGUGCCUAAGUCUUUGCUGCUCAAGCCCCACCAGAAGGAGAAGAUGUCUAUGGAGAUUUCCAUUCACCGCAGCCUCGCACACCAACAUGUCGUAGGCUUCCACGGCUUUUUCGAGGACAGCGACUUUGUGUUUGUGGUUUUGGAGCUCUGUCGCAGGAGGUCCCUGCUGGAGCUGCACAAGAGGAGAAAAGCGCUGACAGAGCCCGAGGCCCGCUACUACCUGCGCCAGAUAGUCCUGGGCUGCCAGUACCUGCACCGCAAUCAGGUCAUUCACAGGGACCUCAAGCUGGGCAACCUCUUCCUGAACGAGGAUCUGGAGGUGAAAAUAGGGGAUUUUGGGCUGGCAACCAAAGUGGAGUAUGAAGGGGAACGAAAGAAGACCUUGUGCGGUACUCCCAACUACAUAGCUCCUGAGGUGCUGAGCAAGAAGGGACAUAGUUUUGAGGUGGAUGUGUGGUCCAUCGGGUGCAUCAUGUACACCUUGCUAGUGGGCAAGCCUCCAUUUGAGACCUCAUGCCUAAAAGAGACUUACCUCCGGAUCAAGAAAAAUGAAUACAGUAUUCCCAAGCACAUCAACCCAGUGGCUGCCUCCCUCAUCCAGAAGAUGCUUCAGACAGACCCCACUGCCCGUCCUACCAUUCACGAGUUGCUCAAUGACGAGUUCUUCACUUCUGGCUACAUCCCUGCCCGUCUCCCCAUCACCUGCCUCACCAUCCCACCAAGGUUUUCAAUAGCUCCCAGCAGCCUGGACCCCAGCAGCCGGAAGCCUCUCACAGUCCUCAAUAAAGGCAUGGAGAACCCGUUGCCUGACCGUCCCCGGGAAAAAGAAGAGCCAGUGGUUCGGGAGACAAAUGAGGCCAUCGAGUGCCACCUGAGUGACAUGCUGCAGCAGCUGACCAGCGUCAAUGCCUCCAAGCCCUCAGAGCGAGGGUUGGUGCGGCAAGAGGAGGCUGAGGAUCCUGCUUGCAUCCCUAUCUUCUGGGUCAGCAAGUGGGUAGACUAUUCGGACAAGUAUGGCCUUGGGUAUCAACUGUGUGACAACAGUGUGGGGGUGCUCUUUAAUGACUCAACACGCCUUAUCCUCUACAAUGACGGUGACAGCCUACAGUACAUAGAGCGUGAUGGCACGGAGUCCUACCUCACCGUGAGCUCCCACCCCAACUCCUUAAUGAAGAAGAUCACACUCCUCAAGUAUUUCCGCAACUACAUGAGCGAACACCUGCUGAAGGCAGGGGCCAACAUCACGCCCCGGGAAGGUGACGAGCUGGCCCGGCUGCCCUACCUGCGAACGUGGUUCCGCACACGCAGCGCCAUCAUCCUGCACCUCAGCAAUGGCACUGUGCAGAUUAAUUUCUUCCAGGACCAUACCAAGCUUAUCCUGUGUCCCCUGAUGGCAGCCGUGACCUACAUCGAUGAGAAGAGGGACUUCCGAACAUACCGACUGAGCCUUCUGGAAGAAUACGGCUGCUGCAAAGAACUGGCUAGCCGCCUCCGCUAUGCCCGCACUAUGGUAGACAAGCUGCUGAGCUCACGCUCCGCUUGCAACCGCCUCAAGGCCUCCUCCUAG